AUGGAGAGGAUCAUGAAGUCUCAUACCCUUUCUGAUGCUAACAAGCAAGCUUACAUGUGCAGAAACCCGUAUUUACAACUCCGUCAAGAAUGGUCUCAAAUCAGCCUUGAUACAUUAGCCGAUCAGGAAGUUGAGGUAGAGAAGACAGAGACCAGUGAGGCUAUCGAGACCAAAUCACAUGACUUGGGUGGUGGUUUAAACAUUAAAGAUGAACCAGUUGAGUACAAGGAAGAGACAACCAAGGACGAGAUGUAUAGAUUUUGUGGAUUGAUCUCAAGGACUCACUUUAUGCGCAUGUAA